AUGUACUCGUCCUAUUCGGUCACGGUCGUGGGCUGCAGCAUAGCCUUUCCCUUCUUUGCCAUCAUUGCUGUCGGUUUUCGAUUAUAUGGACGUCGACUGCAACAUGUUCCGUGGUUGUCUGACGACUAUCUUGUCGUUUCCGCCUUGAUGUUCGGCAUUGCUUUGUGUCUUAUCAGCUUGAACGCCGCAUUCAAUGCCUCCCUAGGUCAAGACUUGACAGAGAUAACGCCGGACCAAUAUGUGGCUUUCAAUAAGCAUAUAUAUGCCUUAGUCCUUACUGCCUACACUUCCUUCGGACUAGUGAAACUCUCAGUCCUCUCAUUAUACAAGCGAAUCUUCGCUGUGCCAAAAUUCCUUCGAGCAGCAAACAUCCUCUUCUGUAUAAUUUCUCUCUGGAUAAUCGUAACGAUCUUCCUAGCAAUUUUCUCCGCCUGGCCCAUAUCCAACUUCUGGUCCCUUGGUGCCGAUUAUGCAUUUGACCAUCCACGAUUUCUCUUCAUCAACACCAUCCUCGACACUUUUUUCGAUGUCAUCGUUCUGUCUCUCCCUUUUCCCAUAAUAUGGGGCCUCCAGAUGAGUAAGAGUAGGAAGCUACAAGUCACAGCGAUUUUCUCUUUGGGUUUCUUCUGUGUCGUCUCCGCUGGCUUACGAAUCUAUUUCGGUUGGCGUCUUAGUGGCACUGGUGCAAGUACCCAAAACCAAGUCUCCAGUGACAACUUUUCUUACAUCGUCAUCAACAACGUGAUAUGGUGCGAAAUGGAAGCCUGCUGCUCCGUCAUCGCCGCGUGCCUGCCAUGCAUGCGGCCUUUUAUGAAACCCCUAAAACUCGACUCUUUCAGCCAUCUUGUCUCACGACUCCGUUCCUGGUCGUCGCAUUCUCAGAACUCCCGUGGGACCUCCCGCAAACACAGCUCCGGGUCGGAUUCUUCCGGGGACGAAGUGCAGCUGACGCCGGUGGGCAGUGUGCGGAAUUUGAUUGUCAUCAGCAAGGAGACGCAGACAGAUCCGGAGAAUGUACCAAGCCAAGGCGUGCAGGUUACGCAGCAGUAUGCGGUACAGUAUAAUCCGAAGUUUCCACAAGAGCAUUUCACUGGAGAUCACGCUGUCUGA